AUGAUUACCCACACCAGUGAUUUCCUCGCGGCUUUCGUGGCUUUGAUGGACAGUGGAGAGACAGCCGAAGCCAGGCUGACGGGUGACGUGGGCAUGGCCAGGCUAGAUGCAGUGCUCAAGGCGUCAAAGAAAAUGGACAAGUCCAUGACGGCCGCAGCAAAAGCUACGACCGAAAUGUCGCCGGAGUUGAGUGAGAAGUACAAUGCGGUCAUGUUCUUCGACUGCCAGGCCUUCUGCGCUGCCGCAAUGCGCAACACUGACCUCCAGGACACGAUCGAGCUCAGGGUGGCUGCCUUGACCGCGACCUUGACGGAGCUGUGUGUGGACAUCGCAAAGUGCACAAAGAAUUAUGGCAAUCAAACGGAGGAAAGCUGGAAGUACUGCAUCAAGGAGGAUGCGACCUUGGAGGAGGUGCUCAGCAUAGCCGCAAACACCAUCGACGGCAUCGACGGCAAGGAGACUUUGCGACUUUCCGAUGCUUUGGCCGAGGCUUUGGAGACUGCCAAGACUUUCGUCGACAAGUCCGUUUUCCAGCACACGAACUUGAUUGAGUUCAUUGGGCGUGCGCAGGUGACGCAGGAUUCAGCGAAGGCCCUUCGUUGCGAAGCAUUGCUCAGUUUCGCUUUGCAAUCGAGUGGCAACAAGCAACGACGAUUGGCGAUCGUGCGCAGCCAGCUGGGUGACGUCAGUGGCAAGGCUGUGAAAGAGUCCCUCGUCCUGCCACAGUUGUUGGCAGCGGCUCGUCAAGAGGUAAAGUGA